UAAUGAGUGGACAAGAAAAGAAAGGAUAGGCUGAUGCGAAGUUUGGCUAAGAAAUGUCGGUUGUAUACUUGUAUAAUUGUAUUUGUAUUCAUACGCUGCGUGCUUCCCUGGCCGUCCACUCUCUUCCCGUGCAGACCUGACUUCUUCGCCGGCGCCGGCAGCAAUUGGAGGCGACCCGGCGAACAUACUCGCCAGUCCACCCUCUUCCCACGGACAUCUAGCUUUCCUCCCCAGCAAACGGCAGCAGAAGAUUUCACCAACUCCCGGCGGCAGCAAUAUUAGGCAGCGACCUCCCGAACAUACUCUGUAAUAGAGUGGUCAUCGCCGUAGAAAAGACAGGCCCAUGUUUAAAACUCAUUUAUCACACUUGUCUCCAUGUUGCAGGGCCCAUAUAUAUACACUCGCUAACUCCAAAAUGGGCCAUCAAUUCACGCGAGCCCACCUGCUCCUCGUACUGAUAAUCGCAUCCGCGGUUGCCUCACGCGCUCACAAGCUCAAAUCCGCCACGUUCCUGUCGCCGGAGCUCGUCCUCGCCCCCGGCUCGGUCACCAACACGUUCCACUACAACGUCGACUUCCCGACCGGCCACAUCGGGAUCAAGAGCUUCCACGUCGAGCCCGUCGACUCCUCCGGCCGCCCGAUCCCGCUCUACGACACGUAUCUCCACCACUGGGCUCUCAACCGAUACGUAAUCCCCAAGGGUGGGAGUAAAUCGUCAUCCUCCUCCUCCGACGGCGACUCCGCCAAUUUCGUGCGCAACGACGGGAUAUGUCAGGGAAACAUUCUGGGCCAGCACUACGGCUCCGGGUCGGAGACCAGGAGGACGGCGACGUUUCUCCCCGAUCCCUACGCGAUCGAAAUCGGGAAUCCGGAGGAGGGUUUCGAGGAGAGGUGGAUGCUCGGGAUCCACGCGAUUGACACGAGAGGGGUUGUGGAUGGACAGGGAUGCAGGGAGUGUUUUUGUGAAUUGUACAAUGUGACCAUCGGCGGUGGGUACGAUGGUGGAUUGAAGUGCUGUGAGGACGGCGAUCAGUGUAGGGUGAAAUUAGGGUUUCAGGGUAGGAAAAGGAGCGUGUAUUUGAGGUAUACUGUGAAAUGGGUUGAUUGGGUGGAUGGUGAGUUUCUCCCUGUGAAGGUGUUCAUCGCUGAUGUUACUGAUACAGGGGAGAGGGAUAUGACUGAAACUACUGGCUGCCAGGAUUGGUGGUUGCAGGUUGAGUAUGAGGUUGAGCCGUGUAGUAAUGGUGAUGAUGAUUGGUGCGUUGAUGUGAAGAGAUUAAAUUUCACUCUGCCAGCGUCUGGUUAUGUCGUCUAUGGUGUCGGCCACCAGCAUUCUGGAGCAUUGGGUCAAGCUGUCUAUCGCCAGAAUGGAGAAGUGAUAUGCAAGUCAGUCCCGAUCUACGGAACAGGGCACGAGGCUGGAAACGAGGCCGGCUUCGUGGUAGGGAUGAGCACCUGCUACCCUGAACCAGGGUCAGUGAACGUAACGGCUGGCGAACAGCUCAUUCUGGAAACUAACUAUUCAAGUAGCGGGGCAAGGGGUCACUUUGGAGUUAUGGGCCUCUUCCACAUCUUCAUUGCUGACCAACUACCACAACCACCAAAACCAACCAUGGCUACUACCUUCCUCCACCGUUCGAUUUCUGCAGCUCAUGUGUUGAGUGGAUUUAGUGCUGAGUCCUGGACAAUCCUUGCUGUGUCAGGAUUAGCGGCGCUUCUUGUUGGUGUCGUUGGCUUCAGCAUCUGGGUGAAGAAGCAGAGGGGGGCGGAAGAUGGCUACCAAGUCAUAAUGGCAUGAGCUUAGUAUGAUAGUCUUUGUUUCAGUUUUCUGCUGUAGUGUCCAAAUAAAAUGAAAUCAGGCGUCUAGAAACAUGUUUAGUUAAGUUGUAAGUUUACGUGGAUCUUGUGGCAAUAGAUUGCGACAACCCAGACCCGAUUCAAGAAAACUCGAAAUGUUGGCUUCGACGAAUUUUUUGGAGUCUGGUUGUGUGCCUUCUCCUCGAUAAUGAAAUGUUCAAUCGAUUUCCAGCCUUCCAAGCUUCAAUCCUCUGUUGUUGAAACUUGAAACCCACGAUAUAAAAACCUUUUUGAUUUGUCAAUCAA